AUGUGCUCCAUGUUCUACGAGCGGUGGCACAAGAUCGCCGGUCUAGCAGGCCCCGAACGGACACUUCGGUUCCUUGAUAACACCCGGGACGAGGUGCAGCUUGCCGACCGCCGCGGUCUGUCCCGGGUCGUCUGGUAUGCCGCGCCCGCGUCCGUGGCCGCGUACGCCUCGAUGUCGCAGAUCUACAUGAUAUUAUGGUGGAAUGUGGUGGCCACGUACUGGUUCAACGGCAUGGGCCAGAUGGUCGUCUACAUACUGGUGUUCGUGCAGUACUACGUGAUUGCCCGUGAGUUCAGUCGGGUCAACGACAUGGUCGAGGCGCUGCACGUGGCCCACGACCCGGUGUCCGAGGGACGGUCGCUGGCCCGGUUGACCAGCGUCUACGGCGAGCUGUGCACGCUCGCCGGCUACGUGAACAGGGCCUACGCGCCCGAGAUUCUGCUACAGUGGGCCAGGGGCCUACAAUAUCAUCCGCGUCAUCAUGGUCGUGUUCCGACUGAUGGAGAUCGCGUCAUCACUGGACAGCCCCAUGGCCUGGGUCACGCCUUAUCUGCUGGUCCAGCACUUGGGCGAGCUGUUCAUAUUCGUGCUGCACACGUCGCGUGCACGUUCGGCGACCACCUGUCCAGCGAGGCACCUGCCUAUAUUAUGUAUUGUAUUAUCGUGUCUUGA